UUAAGCUCCUUAGUUUUAUUUCUGACUUCAGCAAAGAUGAGUCACGGAGACCGUUACACCUCGUCGUCCUACCGGAAGAUUUUCGGGGAUUCUCCCAAGUUCCCCGUGGCCUCCUCCCGCAUGGGCAGCGCCUCUCACCGGGCUCCCCGGGGCUCCGGGCCAUGGCUGGCUCCCGCAACUGCGGGUCCUCCCUGAGCCUGUACAGACGGAUCGGCCGCUCCACCUCUUACUCUCCGGUACCCAGUGACUCCCUUGACUUGACCCAGACCUCCGUGGUCAACAAUGAAUUCAAAGUUAUUAGAACUAACGAGAAGGAGCAGCUGCAGGGCCUGAACGACCGCUUCGCCGUCUUCAUUGAUAAAGUGCGCCACCUGGAGCAGCAGAACAAGGUGCUGGAGGUGGAGCUGGUGGCGCUGCGGCAGAAGCAGGGCGAGCCGUCCCGCGUGGCUCACCUCUACCAGCAGGAGCUGAUAGAACUACGCUCGCAGGUGGAUGAGCUGAGCCGGGACAAGAACCGCAUCCUGAUAGAAAGGAACAACAUGGAGGACGAGCUGCAGAAGCUCAGUCUGAAGUAUGAUGUAUGA